AUGGCCCCCAUCCGUGGUCCAGAGCUGGCGAAGCUCUUUCGUGGCCACGUGUCCCUUGAGAUCGGAGACCAUGGAGAGGUGAGGCCCUGGAGGUUGCGUCAUGAGGAGCGGCGCCUCUAUGCUGCCAGCCUGGCUGCAAUGGCAGCGACUGCCGCGGUGCGUCUUCGUGGCCGUUUCCGCGGAAGCAGCUUUUUGUACCUUGAAGCGGAGGUAGCUGAGCCUGCUGAUGUGGAUCUAGACGUGCUGAAGCGUAUCGCUGGGCCCUUGGAAUACGAGCUCUACCUGGACGGCCACGGCCGCGACGGCCGCGACGGCCGCGUCCAACGCCGGGUGGCGUCCAGCGCGUCCGGUGCGUCUGGCUCCGGACGCCACUCGGUGCGCUUCGAGCUGCCGGCAACUGAAGUGACGUUCGAACUGUGGCUGCCCACUUCUGUGGCUUUAGACGUCUUCUUCUUGGAUUCCGAUGGAAUCGCUGUUGACAUCUGUGAGUUCCCAGAGUUCCCCCGUUGGAUUUGCUAUGGCAGCUCCAUCACACAUGGGGGACCCAGCGGCUCCAGCGCUAGUACCAGUUGGCCCGCGCUCUGCGCUCGCGGGGCCAAGUGGGAGCUCUGCAACCUGGGCUUUGGCGCAGAAUGCUAUUUGGAUCCCUCAGUAGCCAUGGUGAUCCGAGACACGCCUUGCGACUUUAUCACACUGGAGGUUGGGAUCAACAUCCAGACGACCACUGCCAUGAAUGUGCGAACAUUCUCUUCGGCUCUGAUGGGUUUCAUAAGAAUUAUUCGAGAAGCUCAUGGUGUGCCGAUUCUGGUGAUAUCGCCUCUACGAUAUGGCCCACUUGAAGACCGAGCUCCUCUGAACAAAGCUGAAUUUAUGUCCUUGAAGGAGCUGCGACACUGCACUCGCUCCUGUGUGGAGACACUUGCAGAACUGGGUGAUCAGAAUAUACAUUACUGCGAUGGCUUUCAGCUCGUUUCUAAAGAUGAGCUGCUCUUUGACGGGUUGCAUCCAGGGCCUGAAGGCCAGCGCCAAAUAGCAGAGGUAGUUCUCAGUGAACUGCGGUCAAGAUGCGGAUGGGAUGGACCGCUGGAGCUGCCGCCAGCGAAGCCAACGGUGGAGCUGGCAGCAGCCUUGACAGGCGACUACAUGGUAGACCUGCCGGGAGAGACCAGGCCAUCACGGACCUUGGUGAAGCGGCUGGAGGGCUGCCAAUCUCGAUAUGUCGCAAUCAGCGAGCGCCGCGACUGGCCACCAGCACAGUUGCACCUGCGCGACGAAUUCGUGUUCAUUUUGAACAUUCCAGUCGUUUGGGGGCAAGUGGAGGAGAAGCAGAUCAGCUUCAGCAAUGGUGCAGUGUGGCACAGACUUCCAUCGCAGCAGUAUGGGGGAAAAGGGCUGAAAAUGCUGCUGCUCUCCGCGAGAGAGGUGCUUUGUAGAAACACCAGUGCUUUCAAGUUCAAUGCCAGUGUUGGAGCCGGAGCAGGUUGGAAGCUUCUGACUUGCGAUCCAAAGAUUGUUGAUGUGUUGCGGAACAAGGGGAAGCUACGAGGUCUUGCUUCAGACCUAGGCCUGCUGCACCUUCUACCGCAGCACUUUGAGUUUUUUAGCGACGCGAAAUACCCUUGUAUCUUAAAGCCAGCGAUUGGCACCUUUGGCAAAAAUACCUACAUAGUUGAGAGCAAGGAGCAGGCGAUGCGACUGGCUCCUGAUGGCUUGGAAGAGCAUUGGAUUCUGCAAGAGCUGAUUCGCGGGGAGAACGAAUUUUCCACCACGCUGCUGGUGAUGGAUGGGAAGAUCAAGGACUGGGCCGGCAUGAAGUAUCAGUACAGCAUGGAGGCCUACGUUUGGCCUCAUGUUCGCCUGAUCGACCAGGAGCUUUGUAGCGUGCCCGAAGAGCACCGAGAGAUUAUGGAAGAGUUUCUGGUCGGCUUCAGCGGCAUCUGCAACUUCAACUUCAAACUGCGAGAGGACGGCAGCAUGUGUAUCUUUGAAGUGAAUCCUCGGGUGGGUGGGGAUCUCUCCUUUGACAUUCCAAAGCCAAGGGCUCGAGCCCUGCUGGAGAAGAUGGAUGCAAUGUUUUCCUGA